CUAGCUCGGCGCGAAGCACGACGGGAAGCUAAGAUGGACACCUCCGUUUGAACGUAUCUCCAGAGCGGCUCACCUCCCGUCCACCUGUCUUCAGCCGCUGCUCGCUCUUCCUCCGGAGUAAGGGAAGGAGAGGGAAUGAGAAGCUGCAGCGGCCGAGGAAUCCCCGUGAUCGAUUCUGCCGCUGCCCUCGGGGAGCAGCCGGGGCUCGCCGCGCCUGACGCGUCCUGAAUUACUCAGAAAUAAUGUUGAUAUUUGGAACCCAUGUCGAACUUCUAUGAAGAAAGGGCAACAAUGAUUGCAGCCGGGGAUUUGCAGGAAUUUGUUCCUUUCGGUCGAGACCACUGCAAGCAUCACCCUAAUGCUCUGAACCUUCAACUGCGCCAGCUGCAGCCAGCUUCUGAGUUAUGGUCGUCCGAUGGUGCUGCUGGCUUGGUGGGGUCCCUUCAGGAGGUUACAAUCCACGAGAAACAGAAGGAAAGCUGGCAGUUAAGGAAAGGCGUAAGCGAAAUUGGAGAAGAAGUGGAUUAUGAUGAGGAACUCUAUGUGGCUGGAAAUAUGGUGAUCUGGAGCAAAGGGAGUAAAAGUCAGGCGCUGGCAGUUUAUAAAGCGUUUACAGUUGACAGUCCUGUUCAACAGGCAUUGUGGUGUGACUUCAUUAUAUCACAGGAUAAGUCUGAAAAAGCCUACAGUAGCGAUGAAGUAGAGAAAUGCAUAUGUAUAUUGCAAAGUUCGUGUAUUAACAUGCACAGCAUAGGAGGAAAGGAUUACAUAGCUUCUUUACCUUUUCAGGUUGCCGGUGUCUGGCCUACUAAGUAUGGACUGUUGUUCGAACGGAGCACUUCUGCACACGAGGCACCUCCCGGCCCGCCCAGAGAACCUUUACCCACUAUGUUCAGCAUGCUGCAUCCACUGGAUGAAAUAACCCCACUUGUGUGUAAAUCGGGAAGCCUUUUCGGUUCAUCACGGGUGCAAUAUGUUGUAGAUCACGCGAUGAAAAUAGUUUUUCUCAACAUGGACCCCUCCAUUGUAAUGACCUACGACACUGUUCAGAGUCUACAUUCUGUGUGGGUUCUCCGGAGAGUUAAAACAGAGGAAGAGAAUGUUGUUUUAAAGUUCUCUGAACAGGGGGGCACCCCCCAGAAUGUGGCCACGAGUAGCUCCCUCACAGCUCACCUCAGAAGCCUUUCCAAAGGAGACUCUCCCGUGGGCUCGCCUUUCCAGAAUUACUCCUCAGUCCACAGUCAGAGCCGCUCCACCUCGUCGCCCAGUCUGCACUCUCGGUCUCCUUCCAUCUCCAACAUGGCAGCUCUGAGCCGUGCUCACUCCCCUGCCUCAGGAGCGCACUCUUUCUCAGGGGUGCAAAGGUUCAACCUUUCAAGCCACAAUCAGUCUCCAAGGAGACACAGCAUUUCUCAGUCUCCAAAUAGCCAUUCAAAUGGCUCUUUCCUUGCGCCAGAAACCGAGCCGAUUGUUCCUGAACUGUGUAUUGAACAUGUAUGGACAGAAGCAAUUACCAGUAUGAGAGAGAAAAAUUCACAGGCCUCCAAAGUGUUUAUUACAUCUGACCUAUGUGGGCAGAAGUUCUUGUGCUUCUUAGUAGAGUCCCAGCUCCAGUUACGCUGUGUGAAGUUUCAAGAGAGUAAUGAUAAGACCCAGCUCAUCUUCGGCUCCAUCACCAACCUGCAGGCAAAGGAUGCGGCGCCAGUGGAGAAGUUAGACACCAUGCUGGUCCUGGAAAGCAGUGGCAACCUGGUGCUAUACACAGGCGUGGUCCGGGUGGGAAAAGUUUUUAUCCCUGGCCUGCCAGCCCCUUCCCUGACAGCGUCCCGUGCGGUGCCUCGUCCCAGCACCCCGCUAGACAGCAUCAGCACCCCUGAGCCUCUGAGUAAGCUGCUUGGAUCCUUGGAUGAGGCUGUUCUGUUGUCCCCAGUUCCAGAACUAAGAGAUUCUUCGAAACUCCAUGAUUCUCUCUAUAAUGAGGAUUGCACCUUCCAGCAGCUUGGGACUUAUAUCCACUCUGUUAGAGACCCCGUCCGUAAUAGAGUGACUCUCGAGCUGAGUAACGGCACCAUGGUUAGGAUCACUCUUCCUGAAAUUGCCACCUCUGAAUUAGUACAAACAUGUUUGCAAGCCAUUAAAUUUAUCCUGCCGAAAGAAAUAGCUGUUCAGAUGCUCGUCAAGUGGUACAGUGUCCACAGCGCUCCGGGCAGCCCCAGCUAUCACUCAGAGUGGAAUUUAUUUGUGAUUUGUCUCAUGAACAUGAUGGGUUAUAACACAGACCGCUUAGCGUGGACAAGAAAUUUUGACUUUGAAGGAUCACUUUCUCCAGUCAUCGCACCCAAAAAGGCAAGGCCUUCUGAGACAGGAUCUGAUGAGGACUGGGAGUAUUUGCUAAAUUCAGACUAUCACCAGAGUGCCGAGUCUCACCUUCUGAGCAGGUCUCUCUGUCUGAGUCCUUUGGAGGCUCCUCAGGUGAAAGGCGAGGACUCAUCACAGAGCCUCAGUCUGGACUCCUCCACACUUCUCUUCUCCCACAUGCCUGCAGUGUUUUUUGUUCUUCACCUUGUCUAUGAGGAGCUCAAGCUGAACACUCUGAUGGGAGAAGGAAGUCGCUCACUUGUUGACCUGCUCGUUCAGUUGGCAAGAGACUUAAAAUUGGAGCCUUACUUAGAUCAUUACUAUAGAGAUUACCCGACGCUUGUCAGAACUACUGGACAAGUGUGCACAGUUGAUCCAGGUCAAACAGGAUUUAUGCAUCACCCAUCAUUUUUCACUUCCGAGCCACCAAGUAUUUACCAGUGGGUGAGUUCUUGUCUGAAGGGCGAGGGGUCGCCACCCUACCCCUACCUCCCUGGUGCCUGUGAAAGAAGCCGGCUUGUGGUCUUGAGUAUUGCACUCUACAUUCUAGGUGAUGAAAGCUCUGUUUCUGAUGAAUCCUCCUCACAGUAUUUAUCCAGAAUAACUCCAACGUCCCAGAAGUCACAAGCAGAACAAGAGGAAAACAGGCUUAGUGUCCAGCAUUCUACAUCAGUUUCUAGUCUAGCCGAAAGAUUAGUUGUCUGGAUGACUAGUGUAGGAUUCACUCUAAGGGACUUGGAAACGCUUCCCUUUGGAAUUGCUCUUCCCAUCAGAGAUGCAAUUUAUCACUGUCGGGAGCAGCCUGCGUCAGAUUGGCCGGAGGCUGUCUGUCUCUUGAUAGGACGCCAGGACCUCUCCAAGCAGGCCUGUGAGGGAAACUUGCCCAAAGGGAAAUCUGUGCUCUCCUCAGAUGUUCCUUCAGGAACAGAGACUGAGGAGGAGGAUGACGGCAUGAAUGACAUGAAUCAGGAGGUCAUGUCACUCAUAUGGAGUGAAGAUCUGCGGGUGCAGGAUGUGCGAAGGCUGCUUCAAAGUGCGCGUCCGGUACGCGUCAGCGUGGUGCAGUGCCCAGAGCUCAGCGACCACGAGCUGAUCGAGGAGAAGGAGAACAGAUUGCUCCAGUUGUGCCAGCGCACUAUGGCCCUUCCGGUGGGACGAGGGAUGUUCACUUUGUUUUCGUACCAUCCUGUUCCAACGGAGCCGUUGCCUAUUCCUAAGCUGAAUUUGACUGGGCGUGCCCCGCCGCGGAAUACAACUGUGGACCUCAGCAGCGGGAACGUGGACGUACCCCCCAACAUGGCCAGCUGGGCCAGCUUCCACAACGGUGUAGCCGCUGGCCUAAAGAUUGCCCCGGCCUCUCAGAUUGAUUCAGCCUGGAUUGUGUACAACAAGCCCAAGCACGCUGAGUUGGCCAAUGAGUACGCGGGCUUCCUGAUGGCCUUGGGCCUGAACGGGCACCUCACCAAGCUGGCUACUCUCAACAUCCAUGACUACCUGACCAAGGGUCACGAAAUGACAAGCAUUGGACUGCUCCUCGGUGUCUCCGCUGCUAAACUGGGAACCAUGGACAUGUGUGUCACUCGGCUGCUCAGCAUCCACGUCCCUGCUCUCUUGCCCCCAACAUCCACGGAGCUGGAUGUCCCUCAUAGUGUCCAGGUGGCUGCAGUGGUCGGCAUUGGCCUGGUGUAUCAGGGGACAGCCCACAGGCACACCGCAGAAGUCCUGUUGGCCGAGAUAGGCCGGCCUCCUGGUCCCGAGAUGGAAUACUGCACAGACAGAGAGUCCUACUCUCUAGCUGCUGGCCUGGCCCUGGGCAUGGUCUGCUUGGGGCACGGCAGUAACUUGGUAGGUAUGUCGGACUUGAAUGUUCCUGAACAGCUUUAUCAGUACAUGGUUGGAGGCCACCGGCGCUUUCAAGCGGGAAUGCACAGGGAGAAGCAUAAAUCUCCAAGUUACCAAAUCAAAGAAGGAGACACCAUAAAUGUGGAUGUGACGUGCCCAGGAGCCACACUUGCUCUGGCUAUGAUCUACUUGAAAACCAACAACAGAUCCGUCGCAGACUGGCUUCGAGCUCCUGACACUAUGUACCUGCUGGACUUUGUGAAGCCAGAGUUCCUGUUGCUUAGGACCCUGGCUCGGUGCCUGAUCUUGUGGGAUGACAUUUCACCAGAUUCCAAGUGGGUUGAUAGCAAUGUCCCUCAGAUUAUACGAGAAAAUAGUAUCUCUCUCAGUGAAAUCGAAUUGCCUUGCUCCGAGGAUUUGAAUCUGGAAACUUUGUCGCAAGCACAUGUCUACAUAAUUGCAGGAGCCUGUUUAUCUCUGGGUUUUCGAUUUGCUGGCUCAGAAAACUUAUCAGCAUUUAACUGUUUGCAUAAAUUUGCAAAGGAUUUUAUGACUUAUUUGUCUGCACCUAAUGCUUCUGUGACAGGUCCUUACAACCUGGAGACAUGCCUGAGUGUGGUGCUGCUGUCUCUGGCCAUGGUCAUGGCCGGCUCGGGGAACCUAAAGGUUUUGCAGCUGUGUCGCUUCUUGCACAUGAAAACAGGUGGCGAAAUGAACUAUGGUUUUCACUUAGCCCAUCACAUGGCCCUUGGACUUCUAUUUUUGGGAGGAGGAAGGUACUCAUUGAGCACCUCCAACUCCUCCAUCGCUGCCCUCCUGUGUGCCCUUUACCCGCACUUCCCCGCUCACAGCACUGACAACCGAUAUCAUCUCCAGGCCCUACGGCACCUGUAUGUGCUGGCUGCAGAACCACGGCUGCUGGUGCCUGUGGAUGUGGACGCCAACACACCCUGCUAUGCCCUCUUGGAGGUCACCUAUAAAGGCACUCAGUGGUACGAGCAGACCAAAGAAGAGCUGAUGGCGCCCACCCUUCUUCCGGAGCUCCACCUCCUAAAGCAGAUCAGAGUUAAAGGCCCGCGGUACUGGGAGCUGCUCAUCGAUUUAAGCAAGGGGACGCAGCACUUGAAGUCCAUCCUUUCCAAGGAUGGCGUUUUAUAUGUGAAGCUCAGAGCAGGCCAGCUCUCCUACAAGGAGGACCCAAUGGGGUGGCAGAGCUUGCUGGCCCAGACUGUCGCUAACCGGAACUCUGAAGCCCGAGCUUUCAAGCCUGAAACAAUUUCAGCAUUCACUUCUGACCCAGCGCUUCUGUCGUUUGCUGAGUAUUUCUGCAAACCCACUGUGAACAUGGGCCAGAAGCAGGAAAUUCUGGAUCUCUUCUCUUCAGUGCUGUAUGAGUGUGUCACCCAGGAGACCCCGGAGAUGCUACCUGCGUACGUGGCAAUGGAUCAGGCCGUGCGGAGACUGGGGCGGGGAGAGGUGUCCGAGACAGCGGAGCUUUGGCAGAUCAAGUUGGUGCUGGCCUUCUUCAGCUCCAGAAGCCACCAGGAGCGGCUGCAGAGCCCCCCGAAGCGAGGUUUCUUUAUGAGCUCAGAGUUCCUCCCGGUGGUCAAGUGUGCAAUUGACAACACCUUGGACCAGUGGCUACAAGCCGGGGGCGACGUGUGUGUGCAUGCCUACCUCAGCGGACAGCCCCGGGACGAGUCUCAGCUGAGCGCGCUGGCCUGCUUCCUGGUCUACCACUCGGUGCCGGCCCCGCGGCACCUGCCUCCUGUUGGACUGGAAGGGAGCACAAGCUUCGCUGAACUGCUCUUCAAGUUUAAACAGCUGAAAAUGCCCGUGCGAGCUUUGCUGAGAUUGGCUCCUUUGCUCCUUGGAAACCCACAGCCGAUGGUUAUGUGAUCAUGUCUGGUGGAAACCUGCCCUGAAACAUGACUUCUGCCCGAACCUGGGACCAAACAACAAAGCUAGAGACAUUUGUAAGUUUUAUAAUAUACCCAGGGGGAACGGGCUGCACAGCCCUCAGUGUGCUUCAAAAUCUGAGUGUUUUCAAUAUUGCAGAGACUUGGUUGCUGUCGGCUUGACCUAUGAUCUAUAAGUGAGUUAAAAUUUACUUAUGUAAAUAAAGUUUUCUGCUUUGUUUUCAAAA